UAUCAUCCAAUUGAUGACGCUAUGUGGAAAAAAGGUGAUUCAUUGCCAUAUAUGGCGUUGGCUAAAACAUUUGAAACCAUUGAAUCCUAUUCAAGUAGACUGGUUAUUAUUGAACACUUAACAAAUCUUUUUAGAUCAAUUAUGUUACUCUCUCCAAAAGAUUUAGUAAUGACAAUUUAUUUAUCAAUUAACAAGAUUGGUCCAUCAUAUGAAGCUAAAGAAUUGGGUAUUGGUGAUCAUAUUUUAAUUAAAUCUGUUGCAGAGUCUACAGGUCGUACAGUGGAUGCCAUCAAACAAGAAUUGGUAGAAGUUGGUGAUUUAGGUAUUAUUGCACAAAAUGCUAGAAUGACACAACCAUUAAUGUUUUCCCCUCCACCUCUUACCAUCGCAUCAGUAUUUAAAACAUUCCAACAAAUUGCAGAUACAUCUGGUACCGGUACUGGUAGUCAAAAAAAGAAAAUGGAUCAAAUUAAAAAACUUUUAAUUGCAUGUAAAGAUUGCGAAUCAUUGUACAUCAUUCGUUCGCUUCAAGGUAAACUUAGAAUUGGUUUAGCAGAGCGUUCCGUAUUAAUGGCAUUGGCCAAAGCUGUUUUAGUUACUCCUCCAUCAACUGAAUUCCCACCAAAAGUUAUAGACAUUAGAAAAAAUAUGAGACCAGAAGAAUUUGAAGAGAAAUAUUCAAAUACUGUCGCCAAAGUUACUCGUGCCUACAGUCAAUUACCAAAUUACGAUUUAUUUGUGCCACAUUUAUGUGAAAAAGACGGUAUCGAUAAUAUAUUAAAAACCUGUUCACUCAAUGUCGGUAUUCCAGUUAAACCAAUGUUAGCCCAGCCAACUACAGGUAUUACUCAAAUGCUCGAUCGUUUUACUGAUAUGGAAUUUACUUGUGAAUUCAAAUAUGAUGGUGAAAGAGCCCAAAUUCAUUAUUUAGAAGAUGGAUCAGUACAUAUCUACACAAGAAAUCUUGAAGAUUACACCGGCAAAUAUCCAGAUAUCGCUGCAAAUGUAAAGAAAUUUAUUGGUCCAAAUGUAAAAUCAUUCAUUUUGGAUUGCGAAGCCGUUGCAUUUGAUAAAGCCACUAAAAAGAUUCUUUCUUUCCAAGUUCUCUCAACUAGAGCUAGAAAGAGUGUACAAUUAGAUCAAAUUAAAGUACCAGUUUGUGUGUUUGCCUUCGACUUACUUUUCCUCAAUGGUAAAAAUCUCAUCAACGAACCAUUCUAUAAACGUCGUGAAGUUAUGGUAGAAAACUUUGUACCAUCCGAUGGUGUGUUUUCAUUUGCCAAAUAUGCCAAUAUUUCUGAUGUCAAUGAUAUUCAAUCAUAUCUUGAAGAAGCUGUAGAAGGUAAUUGUGAAGGUCUUAUGGUUAAAACACUCAAAGAGAAAUCAAUUUACGAACCAUCCCGUCGUUCAUAUAACUGGCUUAAAAUCAAAAAAGAUUACAUGCAAGGUAUGACCGAUAGUUUAGAUUUAGUUCCAAUUGGAGCAUGGUAUGGUAAAGGUAAAAGAACAGGUACAUAUGGGGCAUAUUUAUUAGCAUGUUACGAUGAAGACAAUGAAGAAUUCCAAACACUUUGUAAAAUUGGUACAGGUUUUAGCGAUAAAGAUUUAUCUUCAUUUACAGAGCAAUUAAAGCCACAUGUUAUUAAUCAACCAAGAAAUAUGUUCCGUAUAUCUGACUCUAUUAAACCAGAUGUUUGGUUAUCACCAUCACAAGUUUGGGAAGUUUUAGCUGCUGAUCUUUCAAUUUCCCCAGUUCACACUGCUGCAUAUGGCAAUUUAGAAUCAAACAAAGGUAUAGCUCUUCGUUUCCCACGUUUCAUUAGAACUAGAGAAGAUAAAUCACCUGAAGAUGCAACAUCAUCUGAACAAGUUGUUUUAAUGUAUCAAAAUCAAAAAAUCAAUAAUCAUAAUUCAGAAUCAAAACCACAAAAAGAUGAAGAUUAUUAA